AUGCUUCUACACUCCGACCCGAAGCUGGCCGAGGUCGGGGACCUUUCGCGCGAGCAGCUUGAUGCCUUGGCCGCGAGCGUCGAGCUGAGGCGUCAGCAGCUCGAGCGCGAUAUCGCCGAGUAUGUCAAGCUGCGGCAGGAUGAGUUGCGGAGUUAUGAGCAAGAGCUACUAGCCCACCACCGCUCAAUGGAAUGCACCAGCACGCCUCCCACGCCCUCGCGCGAAGAGAAAACCAAACGCACGCGCGUCCAAAAGCGCGAGAAGGAGCUCUACGGCCUCGUCACCCCCGUCUUCCUCCCGCUGCUCGACGCAAGAGACUCCUCCCCCACGCACGAAAGGAAGAAACCCUCCCUCCCCCUCCCCCACCACACCCACGCCCACGACGCCAUCCCCGAGCACAGCAGCGCGCCCGACGCGUGCGCCAUGUCCAGCAGCGACGCCAAGAAAUCCAAACGCACCUCGUCGUCCUCGUCGUCGACGAGCAAGAAAUCCGCGCUGCGCACGCACGCCUCGAAACCGCGGCGCAAGCGCGUCAGCCUGGUGAUUGACGGGCAGACGGUGCUGCCGGCGGAUCUGGUCGCGGAGCCCAGCGACGGCGCGACCAGCGCGUCGAACAGCACGGCGAGCCUGGACAGUCUGAUUGAUCCGCGGUUGACGAGCCCGACGCAUGUGCCCAUGGAGACGGUGCAUCACAGUCUGCCUUUGCCGACGUCGACGACCGUGCCCAUGUCCAUGUCUCACCCAAUAUCCCCGACGAAACCACUCGUCGAAACGCCCACUUCCCUCGCGCCGGAUAGCGAGUUGGUGUCCUCGCCCGCUCCGCUAUCGCAACCCCAACUAGCCCAAGACGACACGUUCGACACGUAUGUGGGCGGCCUGCGCGGCUCGGGCGCCGACGACGUCGACCAGGCCGGGAGCUAUGGGUACCCGAGUAGUCUGGGCGCGAGCUAUUUGGAGUCGUAUAUGCAGAGUCGGCCGCUGCGGGUAAGGAUGGAGGCGGCGGAUAAGGCGGGGUUGGGGGAGGAGGAGAGGAGGGAGAUGGUGCGGGAGAAGGACGGGGACGAGGAUGGGGAUGGGGAUGUGGAGAUGAGUGGGGACGAGGUGGGGAGCUUAGGGGGUAGAAGAAAGGAGGAGGAGGAGGAGGAUGAAGAUGGAGAUGAUUUCAUGGGGGAGAUGGAGGGGUUUUAG